AUGAGUACUGCGCUAAACUUAAAGACGGUAAAGCAAAAGCUUUCCCGCCUGCUUAACACAUUAUCAACUUCACUGAAAGAAGCAGAGGAAUACCAAGAGCCCUGGCAAUUCCCAACGGAAGCCAAAGAGCUCCAACAUUUUCUGCUUCUGAAAUCUAUAGUUUUGAAAAACUUGUGUAAGCGUCUGGAAGAGCAAAAAGAAAGGGUAUGGAAGACGUACGAAGACUGUACUUCGAAAGUCUAUGAAAUGCUGACCGACAGUGAAAGAAAGGAAAUAGGAACAUCGAUUGAAAUAGAGUUCAGUGCUUACUGGGAGGACAAGAAAGGAGAUGACCUGCUCCAACUUGCAACAGAAUUAUACGGUAAACUGGAAAACAGAUUAGUUGAGAUAGAAUGCCAGGAAGCAUCACUGAAAUUUGAACUCAUGGAAGUAAAACACGAAAGGGAAAAUGAGGUCCAUAGGAACGAAAUGAGAUCUGAAUCGACAUUCACCUUUGGUAGACACCUCUUGGGUGGAAUAAAAAUCCCGGAGUUUGAUGGAAAGGCAAGUGAAUUUGACUCCUUUUGGGAAAUCUUUGAAGAAAUAGUGGACAAACAACCUUAUUCCAACAUUGAGAAGUUUUCGAUUCUGCUGAACUGCUGCAAGGGGGAUGCAGCAAGAGCACUCAGAAUGUUCCCCGGGACAAGCGAAUCCUACGAUAAAGCCAUUCAGCAAUUGAAAACGCAAUUCCAGGAUCCCAAAAGAGUAACCAUGAUGAUGACAGGUCAGCUUAAAGCAAUGAAACAAUGCAGAGACGAACCUAGAUCACUCAGGAACAACUUAAACGAUGUACAAGCCAUCAUUGCAACCCUGCGUAAAAAAGGGGAAGUAGUAGACACAACGAAUAUGAUAAGCAUGGUUUUGGAAAAGUUUAGUAAGGCCGUUCAGGAUGAAGUGAUGCGUAAAGAGUUUGAUUCAGGAAAUGACUGGAACAUGGAAGACCUUCUGAACAACAUUUCUGCCAUAGUUAGGCGUCAGGAGCAUUUGGAAGGGCGUAAACAACCAGUGGAAAAGGGUGAUGAACUCACGAUAUUCCAACUUCGAACUGCCAUAGCAUGUACAGGAUGUGGCCGUAAUCACCUAUUCCAGUCAUGCCCCAUAUAUCGUACUCCAGAGGAGAAAAUUGAAAGAUUAAAAUCUCUAAAAGCCUGUUGGAAAUGUUUCAGCAAGAAACAUCAUACGAAAGACUGCCGCAGACCUAAUUGCUCCACUUGCCAUGGAUUUCAUAGUGUUAUAAUUUGUAAAACGCCGAAGAAUGAAAUUGGCACGAACAGAAACUGGAGCCGCAGGACGAAAAGCCCAGGAAAGAGCUCUCCGAGACCAUGGGUACGAAACGAAGAAGUAAGACAUGGAAUGAUGCGUCAAAGUGAUAGACAUAAAUCACCUAAACGCAUAACUGAGACCAGGCAGGAAAGCGGAACAAAUUUAACUCCGAAACCCAGACUUACAUCACCUAAGGCGAGAGUGCCCAGAGUAAGGUUCUCCAGAUCGCCAACUCCACCUAGACAGAACAGAAAUAAUACCAGAAAUUGCUAUACGAUCAACCUCUCUGUAAAACAACCAGAAGAAAACUCCGUGAUGUCUAGAGUGGAAAUUAGUGAACAUGCUCGACUUAUGAUUGUGCCUACGCGUAUAUUCAACAACGCUAACAGUAACUUUGAGGUAAUAUAUGCGCUGCUAGACUCAGCAGCAAACCAAUCAUUUAUAUGCAAGUCUGUAUUGAAAAGGAUGCAGAUUGACAUAGAGACAGAAAUGGAGGUAACGGUAACGACCUUUGGAGGCCGAGCAGAAAACAAAAGAGUAGGGCACGCCAGUGUAACCCUAUUCAAUAAUGAGGGAGAAGGAAUUGAUGUUGACUUCCUCACUCACGAAAAAAUAUUGCCGAAACUUCACUUGGAGGAAAUCUCACGGGAAGACUUCGCGACGCUGAAGGAAUACUUUGCGGAGUACAAGGAAGUACCCACAACAGUGAUUCCUCAAAUUUUAAUCGGCAUAGACUAUUUCAAUAUAGUCAUCAAAAUGCACGCCCCUGUGAUACGUCUACCUUCAGGUCUGUUCGUAACGUCUACAUUCUUUGGUCCCGUAAUAUCAGGGCGGUCGCAAUCGUGGAAUCACGAAGACAACGAAAGAUACUACGAACACGUGCUGAGGACGUACACAGUAAGUACAGAUGAUAAUAUAAUAGAGAAAGAUAAUAUGGACUAUAGCGAUUUAUGGAAGUUACAAGGAGUAGGCAUAGAAGAAUUUGCAGACAGAAACGAAGAAAAUCAACGGAUAAUAGAGGAAUUCUAUGCAAAUGUAAGGUUUGAGAACAACAAAAUCUUCGUCUGCUUUCCUUGGAAAAGUAAUAAAUGCAAUUUGGCAGACAAUUACACCCUAGCAGUAAGCAGAUUGCAUCAGCUUUUGAAAAUGAAGGAUAAAAACCCUCAAUGUUGGAAAGAAUACUGCAAGAUUCUGGACGACCAACUCACGAAGAACUUCGUGGAAGAGGUGGUAAGACCACCCAAAAAGGAAAAUCCCUGUUACUACAUACCGCACCAAGCCGUGAUCAAAAUGGAAAGUGCGACAACGAAGACGCGUAUCGUACUGGAUGCUUCAUCUAAAAGAAAAGGCGAACUAAGCCUCAAUGAUGUUAUUCAUCAAGGCCCACUUAUUCUACCUAACUUAUGUGGAAUACUGCUGCGGUCACGCUUGGGGUCUAAAGUAAUGAUAGCGGAUGUUGAAAAGGCGUUUCACAUGAUAUACCUACAAGAAUCGGAAAGGGAUUCCGUGAGAUUUCUGUGGCUGAAAGACGUAAACAAACCACUCACAACCAGUAAUUUGAAAAUCCUAAGAUUCUGCCGCCUGCCAUUUGGAAUCAAUGCAUCUCCCUUCUUACUCGCUAUGUCCAUAAAAUAUGGAAUAAGUAGACAAAAACAAGAUGACACAAAAACUUAUGAAGAACUAGAGGAAAAUCUCUAUGUGGAUAACGUCUUACUAACAGCUGAUGAUUCUGAAUCGCUCGUGAGAAAGUAUCAACUUUGUAAAGCAGUUUUCAAAAAUAUUUCCAUGAAUCUCAGACAGUUUAUGACUAAUGACGCAGCAUGCAACAGGUUGAUCGACCAACAAGAUCUAUACAAGGGAAAGAACGUAAAAAUUCUGGGAAUACCAUGGAAUCCGCAAAACGAUACCUUCUCCAUAAGGUGCAAAUUACGGUAUGAAGAAGAGCCAACCAAAAGGAAAGUCUUGCAAGCCAUACAUUCUACAUUUGAUCCCUUGGGAUACUUAAUACCAUUGCUGCUACAAGCGAAAGUUUUCCUGCAAUCAUUAUGGAAAACGCGCUAUGAGUGGGAUGACCCACUCUCCCCAGAUGACGAAACGAAAUGGAAGACAAUAUGUGAGAAUGUAGAAGGAAGCGGGGUAAUGCUUCCGCGUCAUAUCUUGCAAGGGCAAAGAACAGACAGCUACGAGUUGCAUACAUUUGUAGAUGCUUCAGCAACAUCCUAUGCAGCAGCCGUAUACAUACGGACGCUAAACAGAUACGGCACAGUGCAAUCAGGCCUACUAAUGGCAAGACAACGACUCGCUCCUAUGACCAGCAAGAACAAAAGAAUAACCAUUCCACGCUUAGAGUUACUCGCGUUACUGAUUGGAACGGGGUGGCACUCAUGGUGGUCAGGGCCACCUUUUAUUGAGGCUAACACUGUCCAAUGGGAAAGUUUCCCAGAGUAUGUAAUACAAGAUGAACGAAAACCUAAGAACAUUAUCUUGAACCUGGCGCAACAUACUGUAACUCCUAUGGAACAAGAGGGCGAUGAAAGGCAAUUUAUACUCCAGGAAAACUCGUUUUCUACGCUCACAAAGUAUCGAAGAGUAAUGGCUCUUGUAAUAAAAUUCUUGAAGGUACACAUCUAUGUAAAAGUCAAUAAUACAAGAAAAACCCGCUUAAACGAAGUUUUUCCUGAGUUAAAAACCAUUACGAACGCCCGCCCACUCUGCAAGCUAAAUGCACAAGAUUUGAAAACUUCAGAAAACAUCCUCAUCAAAUUCAUGCAGAAGGAAGUCACUCAGGAGUACAGGAAAAAAUGGGACAAUCUUUGCAUUUACAAAGAUGAUGAAGGAAUACUGAGAUGUAAGGGAAGAUUUGAAACCUGUCAUCUGGGGAGGGAUAUUAGGGAACCCAUCAUUUUGCCCCCGAAACACCCCAUGACAACACUUUUCGUAAAGGAAGCCCACAACAAGUGCGGGCACCAAGGAGUAAAUUGUACUUUAGCCGAACUAAGACAACGAUUUUGGAUCCCAAAAGGUCGACAAAUAGUCAAGAACUUUAUUAGAAAAUGUAUAACAUGCAAACGUUGGAAUGGCAGACCGUACUUCUAUCCAAACUCCCCUCCGUUGCCUCAUUUGCGCAUCGAACCCUCUCGUCCAUUCGCUCAUGUCGGCGUCGAUCUGGCGGGACCGUUCCGCAUCAUCGAUUCCGAAAAACAACAAUGUAAGAGAUGGGUAUUGCUCGCAACAUGCAUGACUACGCGUGCGGUACACUUAGAAAUCGUAAACAAUCUCAGCGCAAAUGAAACAAUCAAUGCUAUCCGCCGACUAAUUGCGAGGAGAGGAAAACCAGAAAUUAUCAUAUCCGAUAACGGUACUAACUUUACAUUAAGUAAUGAUAUCUUGAAAGAUUGCGAAAAGAAAAUUUUCUGCAACAAUGUCGAGGAAUUUCUGACCACGGAAAAAGUACAAUGGAGAUUCGUUACACCACUUUCUCCCUGGAAAGGAGGAUUUUAUGAGCGGAUGAUAGGCAUAAUGAAAAAUAUAUUACGGAAAUUUAUGAGCAAAAGAAACAUCGAUGAAAGAAAUUUCCUUACUCUGGUCACCGAAACUGAAGCUAUGGUCAAUAUGAGACCGCUCACAUAUAUGGGAAAAGCACUAUCGAAGAUUCAGUAA